UUCCUCCCUCCACUCAAAUCUCUCUCUACAGGCACACUCUCUAGCAGACACAGUACUCUUUCUCCUUCUCUCUCUACUUUUCUCGCAGAUCUGAACUCCUUCUCUCAGAUCCACUUCCGGAAACCCUAAAUCCAAGCAAUGGAGGAGGCUCUGGAACUGGCACGCGCCAAGGACACAAAGGAGCGAAUGGCCGGAGUUGAGCGCCUCCACCACCUUCUAGAAUCUUCCAGAAAGGCUCUCUCCUCCGCCGAAGUCACCUCCCUCGUCGAUUGCUGCUUGGAUCUCCUCAAGGACAACAACUUUAGGGUUUCUCAGGGCUCCCUCCAGGCUCUCGCGUCCGCCGCCGUCCUCUCCGGCGACCACUUUAAGUUGCAUUUCAAUGCCCUUGUUCCUGCUGUCGUUGAGCGCCUCGGCGACGGUAAGCAGCCAGUCCGCGAUGCAGCGCGCCGGCUCUUGCUCACUCUCAUGGAGGUUUCAUCUCCAACAAUCAUUGUUGAAAGAGCAGGAUCUUAUGCCUGGUCACACAAAAGCUGGAGAGUUCGAGAAGAGUUUGCUCGGACUGUCACAUCAGCAAUUAGCCUUUUUGCAUCUACGGAGCUUCCUCUUCAGCGGGUUAUUCUUCCUCCUAUUUUGCAGAUGUUGAAUGACUCAAAUCAUGGUGUUAGAGAAGCAGCUAUAUUAUGCAUUGAGGAGAUGUACACACAGGCUGGACCUCAGUUCCGUGAUGAGCUUCAGCGUCAUCAUCUACCUACAUCUAUGUUGAGAGAUAUUAAUAUCAGACUAGAGAGGAUUGAACCAAAAAUUCGCUCUUCUGAUGGACUUGUGGGAAAUUAUGGUGCUGUUGAGGUGAAACCUGUCGGCCUUAACCCCAAAAAAAGCAGUCCAAAGGCCAAGAAUUCAACACGCGAGAUGUCUCUUUUUGGAGCAGAAAAUGAUAUCACGGAAAAGCCUAUAGACCCAAUUAAAGUAUACUCUGAAAAGGAGCUAGUAAGGGAAAUUGAGAAGAUUGCAUCUACCCUUGUACCGGAAAAAGAUUGGUCCAUCCGCAUUGCUGCUAUGCAGAGAGUUGAAGGCCUUGUUUCUGGAGGUGCUGCUGACUACCCUGGCUUCCGUGGACUCCUAAAGCAACUUGUUGGUCCUUUGAGCAUACAAUUAUCUGAUCGUAGGUCCAGCAUUGUGAAGCAGACUUGUCAUCUGUUGAUUUUUUUGUCAAAAGAGCUCUUGGGAGAUUUUGAGUCGUGUGCUGAGAUGUUCAUUCCAGUCCUUUUCAAGCUUGUUGUGAUUACCGUACUUGUAAUUGCAGAGUCUGCUGAUAACUGCAUAAAAACGAUGUUGCGGAACUGUAAAGUUGCCCGUGUACUUCCUAAAAUAGCUGAUUGUGCUAAGAAUGACCGUAAUGCAGUGCUACGUGCAAGGUGUUGUGAAUAUUCACUCUUGAUACUAGAAUAUUGGGCUGAUGCACCAGAAAUACAACGCUCAGCAGACCUAUAUGAAGAUCUUAUCAAGUGUUGUGUUGCAGAUGCAAUGAGUGAGGUAAGACUAACUGCCAGGAUGUGCUACAGAAUGUUUGCAAAAACUUGGCCAGAGCGUUCCCGGCGCUUAUUUGUGUGCUUUGAUCCUGUUAUUCAAAGGAUAAUAAAUGAAGAAGAUGGGGGUAUGCAUAGACGGCAUGCUUCUCCUUCACUACGUGAGAAAAGUUCACAAAUAUCAUUUACUCCUCAGACAUCUGCUCCUCAUCUACCUGGAUAUGGAACUUCUGCUAUUGUAGCCAUGGAUAGAAGUAGUAGUUUACCCUCCGGGACAUCUAUCUCCUCUGGAUUGCUUCUCUCACAAGCCAAAUCUGUUGGAAAAGGUACAGAACGAAGUCUUGAAAGUGUGCUCCAAGCAAGCAAGCAGAAAGUUACUGCCAUUGAAAGCAUGCUUAGAGGUUUGGAAUUAUCCGACAAGCAUAAUUCAAGUCUCCGAUCAUCUAGUUUGGAUCUAGGAGUUGACCCUCCAUCAUCUCGUGAUCCUCCAUUUCCUCUUGCUGUUCCAGCAUCAAAUCAACUUACAAACACUUCGAUGGUAGAAUCAAAUGCUUCUAGUUUUGUUAAAGGGAGUAAUCGCAAUGGUGGCAUGGCUUUAUCUGACAUCAUCACUCAAAUUCAAGCUUCCAAGGAUCCGGGAAAAUUGUCAUAUCGAAGUAACAUGACAAGUGAGCCACUGUCAGCUUUUUCAUCAUACUCAGCUAAGAGAGUUUCUGAAAGACUACAAGAAAGAGGUUCCCUUGAAGACAACAGUGAAAUCAGAGAGGCUAGGCGAUAUAUGAACCAACAAAGUGAUAGGCAAUACUCUGACACGCCCUACAAGGAUGUGAAUUUUAGGGAUAAUAGUUACAUUCCCAAUUUCCAGAGGCCCCUUCUAAGAAAGAAUGUUGCUGGUCGGAUGUCUGCAGGAAGGAGGAGGAGUUUUGAUGAUAAUCAGUUUUCACUUGGAGACAUGUCAAGCUAUGAAGAUGGUCCAACAUCUCUUAAUGAUGCUCUUGGCGAGGGACUCAGUCCAAGUUCUGACUGGUCUGCUAGGGUUGCUGCCUUUAAUUAUCUCCGGUCAUUGUUGCAUCAAGGCCCAAAAGGUGUUCAAGAAAUUAUGCAGAGUUUUGAGAAAGUAAUGAAGUUGUUUUUCCAGCACUUGGAUGAUCCCCACCAUAAAGUUGCACAGGCAGCACUUUCAACACUUGCAGAUAUUAUUCCAUCUUGCCGAAAACCCUUUGAAAGUUAUAUGGAGAGGAUAUUGCCACAUGUUUUCUCACGGUUAAUUGAUCCAAAAGAGUUAGUUAGGCAACCUUGCUCAACAACUUUGGAAAUCGUCAGCAAAACUUAUGGCAUAGAUUCUCUUCUACCUGCUUUGCUUCGUUCACUAGAUGAGCAGCGAUCACCAAAGGCAAAAUUGGCUGUCAUCGAGUUUUCUAUUAGUUCAUUCAACAAGCAUGCAUUAAAUUCUGAAGGCUCCGGUAAUAGUGGCAUCCUAAAGUUAUGGCUUGCUAAAUUAACCCCCUUAGCCCAUGAUAAAAAUACAAAACUGAAGGAAGCUGCUAUUACGUGCAUUAUCUCAGUUUACUCACACUUUGAUUCAAUAGCUGUCCUUAACUUUAUUCUUAGUUUAUCAGUUGAAGAACAAAAUUCCCUGAGACGAGCCCUUAAGCAGUACACUCCUCGUAUAGAAGUGGACCUAAUGAAUUUUUUGCAGAGCAAGAAAGAACGCCAGCGUCCUAAAUCUUCUUAUGACCCAUCUGAUGUUGUUGGAACAUCUUCUGAAGAAGGAUACAUUGGAGCAUCAAAGAAAAAUCAUUUCUUGGGAAGAUAUUCUGCUGGCUCCAUUGACAGUGAUGGUGGCAGGAAAUGGAGUUCAGCACAAGAAUCAACCCUGAUUACAGAUUGUGUUGGCCAAGCAACUUCUGAUGAAGCUCAAGAGCACAUGUAUCAGAAUCUGGAGACUAAUUCUAACACUGAGGGUCUUAGUUCCAAAACCAAGGAUUUGACUUACAUGGUCAAUUCCAUGGGUGAAAACAUAGGAUCCUGGUCCAGCCGGCUGGACAAUGUGGACAGUAGUGUAAAUUUUGAGACUUCUACUCCGCGCCCGGACAUUAAUGGUUUGAUGAGCUCAGGUCACACGGGGAUCACAGAAGGCUUUGGCCAAGAUAAUGAAGCUCAACCUGAGUUGGACCAUAAUCAUUCAAAAGCAGUGAAGAUCAACUCUGCUACAGAAACAGGACCCAGCAUCCCUCAAAUUCUUCAUUUGAUUUGCAAUGGAAAUGAUGAAAAACCUACAGCAAGCAAGCGUGGUGCCCUUCAGCAAUUAAUUGAAGCUUCUGUGGCUGAUGAUCAAGCCAUUUGGACCAAGUACUUCAAUCAGAUUUUGACAGCCAUACUUGAGAUUUUGGAUGAUUCUGAUUCUUCAAUCCGGGAGCUUGCUCUUUCAUUGAUAGUUGAAAUGCUAAAAAAUCAGAAAGGCUCCAUGGAAGAUUCAGUUGAGAUCGUAAUUGAAAAAUUGCUUCAUGUUGCUAAGGACAUUGUUCCAAAGGUUUCAAAUGAAGCAGAACAUUGCUUGACUAUUGUGUUGUCUCAGUAUGAUCCAUUCAGAUGUUUAAGUGUUAUUAUCCCACUAUUGGUGACUGAAGAUGAGAAAACUCUGGUUACUUGCAUAAAUUGUUUGACAAAGCUUGUUGGCCGGCUCUCACAAGAGGAAGUCAUGGCACAAUUGCCUUCCUUUUUGCCUGCUCUUUUUGAUGCAUUUGGGAAUCAGAGUGCAGAUGUUCGUAAGACUGUUGUAUUCUGUCUAGUGGACAUCUAUAUCAUGCUUGGGAAAGCUUUUUUGCCAUACCUGGAGGGGCUUAACAGUACACAAUUGCGGUUGGUGACGAUUUAUGCUAAUCGAAUCUCACAAGCAAGGACAGGUGCCACAAUAGAUGCAAAUGUUGAUUAGCGGGGUUUCCAUGAAGGAAAUUGCGGGUUUUGGGUAUUGGUCAUGGUCAUGGUCAUUCAUUGUUGUGUAUUUUGUAUAUUGUGUGAGAUGUGCAUUUCAAGGGUGGGUUUUCUUUGUUUGUUAAAAUUUAUAAUUUGCCUUUUUGUUCAUCUUAGUUACCUGAUUUGGUUGGUUUUGAGGGAGACUGCUUGUGGUGGGGAACAAAUGUGUGAAAAUUGUACUAUUGUGCUCAUAUUGAAAUCAUAUUUUCAUAAAAAUAUAUCCCUACUAUGGGACAAAUGAAAUCUGGUUUUUGGAGAAA